ACUCAUUAAGUCAGCUGCCAAGAGGUCUCCCUCCGAGUAGUUCAAAGUCUUAUCAGCCUGGAGGUAUUUCUAGUACCAUUUCCUGCCAUUGUUUCCCGUUGUUAAUUAAGAGAAGGCCAAUGCCCUGUUGUGGCAGCUCAUGGCUAUUGUGGUGGGGAAAGGGGCUGUUGGUGAAUGUCACAACUUAGGCUUUAUCUCUGCUGCUGUGGGGACUUUGCAGCCCCUGGGCUACUUAAUAGCAGGGCAGUCCUGAGCUGUCGCAGAUCCAUUCAGCCUGAGCAGGUGCUGGGAGGAUGGCCAACUGGUGGCGGCACCAUUAAGCAGUGACUGAGUUUCCCAGUGGACCUUGGAGAUGCCAGUCCCUUAUUUUCAGGAGAAGAUGAUUCCUGCCAGACUUGUGAGGGUGCUGCUUGUUCUGGUCCUCACCUUGCCAGGGACCCUGUGCAGAGAAAGGGCUCUUGGCAGGCUGUCGAUGGCUCGAUGCAGCCUCUUUGGGGGUGACUUCGUCAACACCUUUGAUGAGACCAUGUACAGCUUUGCAGGAGACUGCAGUUACCUCCUGGCAGGGGACUGUCAGAAACGCUCCUUCUCCAUUCUUGGGGACUUCCAAAAUGGCAAGAGAGUGAGCCUGUCUGUGUAUCUUGGGGAAUUUUUUGACAUCCAUUUGUUUGUCAAUGGUACUGUGAUGCAGGGAGACCAAAGCAUCUCUAUGCCCUAUGCCUCCAAAGGGCUAUAUCUAGAAACUGAGGCUGGGUACCAUAAGCUGUCCAGUGAGACCUAUGGCUUUGUGGCCAGAAUUGAUGGCAAUGGCAACUUCCAAGUCCUGCUGUCAGACAGACACUUCAACAAGACCUGUGGACUGUGUGGGGACUUCAACAUCUUUGCUGAAGAUGACCUUAGGACGCAGGAAGGGACCUUGACCUCGGAUCCUUAUGAUUUUGCUAACUCCUGGGCCCUCAGCAGUGGGGAGCAGUGGUGCAAAAGGGCAUCCUCUCCCAGCAGACCCUGCAACAGCUCCUCUGGGGAAAUGCAGAAGGCCCUGUGGGAGCAGUGCCAGCUACUGAAGAGUGCCUCAGUGUUCGCCCGCUGUCAUCCUCUGGUGGAUCCUGAGCCCUUUGUGGCCGUUUGUGAAAUGACUUUGUGCACGUGUACUGAAGCGCUGGAGUGUGCAUGCCCUGCUCUUCUAGAAUAUGCUCGGACCUGUGCCCAGGAGGGGAUGGUGCUGUAUGGUUGGACUGACCACAGCAUGUGCCGCCCAGCAUGCCCUGCUGGCAUGGAGUAUAAGGAGUGUGUGUCUCCUUGCACCAGAACCUGCCAGAGCCUGCCUAUCAAUGAAAUGUGUCAGGAGCAAUGUGUGGAUGGCUGCAGCUGCCCUGAGGGACAGCUCCUUGAUGAAGGCCGUUGUGUGCAGAGUGCCGACUGCUCCUGCGUGCAUUCUGGGAAGCGGUACCCUCCAGGAGCCUCCAUCUCUCAGGACUGCAACACCUGCAUUUGCAGGAACAGUCUGUGGAUCUGCAGCAAUGAAGAGUGCCCAGGGGAGUGUCUCGUCACAGGCCAAUCCCACUUCAAGAGCUUUGACAACAGACACUUCACCUUUAGUGGGAUCUGCCAGUACCUGCUGGCCCGGGACUGCCAGGACCAUUCCUUCUCCAUUGUUAUAGAGACUGUGCAGUGUGCUGAUGACCCUGACGCUGUCUGUACCCGCUCUGUCACUGUGCGACUGUCCACCCUGCACAACAGCCUGGUGAAGCUGAAGCAUGGGGGAGGAGUUGCCAUGGAUGGCCAGGACAUUCAGGUCCCCCUUCUGCAAGGUGACCUUCGCAUCCAGCACACAGUGAUGGCCUCUGUGCGCCUCAGCUAUGGGGAGGACCUGCAGCUGGACUGGGAUGGCCGCGGGAGGCUGUUGGUGAAGCUUUCCCCAGUUUACUCAGGGAAGACCUGCGGCUUGUGUGGGAAUUACAACGGUAACAAGGGCGACGACUUCCUCACCCCUGCUGGCCUGGUGGAGCCCCUGGUUGUGGACUUUGGGAAUGCCUGGAAGCUGCAUGGGGAAUGCCAGGACCUGCAGAAGCAACACAGUGACCCCUGCAGCCUCAACCCACGCCUGACCACGUUCGCAGAAGAGGCCUGUGCACUCCUGACAUCCUCCAAGUUCGAGGCCUGCCACCAUGUGGUCAGCCCCCUGCCCUAUCUGCGGAAUUGCCGCUAUGAUGUCUGCUCCUGCUCUGAUGGCCAGGAUUGCCUGUGCAGUGCUGUGGCCAGCUAUGCUGCCGCCUGUGCCCGGAGAGGCGUGCACGUGGGAUGGCGUGAGCCCAGCUUCUGUGCACUGAGCUGCCCUCAGGGCCAGGUAUACCUGCAGUGUGGGGCGCCUUGCAACCUGACCUGCCGCUCCCUCUCUUACCCCGAUGAAGAAUGCAACGAGGUCUGUCUUGAGGGCUGCUUCUGCCCCCCAGGGCUUUACCAAGAUGACAGGGGGGACUGUGUGCCCAAGGCCCAGUGCCCCUGUUACUAUGAUGGUGAGAUCUUCCAGCCUGCAGACAUCUUCUCAGAUCAUCAUACCAUGUGCUACUGUGAAGAUGGCUUCAUGCACUGUACCACGAGUGGAACCCCAGGAAGCCUGUUGCCAGACACUGCCCUCAGCAGUCCCCUGUCUCACCGCAGCAAAAGGAGCCUAUCCUGUCGGCCCCCAAUGGUCAAGUUUGUGUGUCCUGCUGACAACCUGAGGGCUGAAGGGCUGGAGUGUGCCAAGACAUGCCAGAACUAUGACCUAGAGUGCAUGAGUAUGGGCUGUGUGUCUGGCUGCCUCUGCCCCCCGGGCAUGGUCCGGCAUGAAAACAAGUGUGUGGCCAUAGAAAGGUGUCCCUGCUUCCACCAGGGCAAAGAGUAUGCCCCAGGAGACACGGUGAAGAUGGACUGCAAUACUUGUGUUUGUCGGGACCGGAAGUGGAACUGCACGGACCACGUGUGUGACGCCACGUGCUCUGCAUUGGGAAUGGCUCACUACCUCACCUUCGAUGGGCUCAAAUAUACGUUCCCGGGAGAGUGCCAGUAUGUUCUGGUGCAGGAUUAUUGUGGCAGUAACCCCGGGACCUUUCGGAUCCUGGUGGGGAAUGAGGGGUGCAGCUACCCCUCAGUGAAAUGCAAGAAGCGGGUCACAGUUCUGGUGGAAGGAGGCGAGAUUGAGCUGUUUGAUGGAGAGGUGACCGUGAAGAGGCCCAUGAAGGACGAGACACACUUUGAGAUGGUGGAGUCUGGCCGGUACAUCGUUCUGCUGCUGGGCAGGGCCCUGUCUGUGGUCUGGGACCGCCACCUGAGCAUUUCUGUGGUCCUGAAGCAGACAUACCAGGAGCAAGUGUGUGGCCUGUGUGGGAAUUUCGAUGGCAUCCAAAACAAUGACUUCACCAGCAGCAACCUCCAGGUGGAGGAAGACCCCGUGGACUUUGGGAAUUCCUGGAAAGUGAGCUCGCAGUGUGCUGACACCAGAAAGGCAGGGCUGGAAGUAUCCCCGGCCACCUGCCAUAACAACAUCAUGAAGCAGACGAUGGUGGAUGCUUCCUGCAGGAUCCUCACAAGUGACAUUUUCCACGACUGCAACAAGCUGGUGGACCCUGAGCCGUACCUGGACGUCUGCAUUUAUGACACUUGUUCCUGUGAGUCCAUCGGGGACUGUGCCUGCUUCUGUGACACUAUUGCUGCCUACGCCCAUGCGUGUGCCCAGCGCGGCCAGGUGGUGGCCUGGAGGACAACCACGUUGUGCCCCCAGAGCUGCGAGGAGAGGAAUGUCCAGGAGAACGGGUAUGAGUGCGAGUGGCGUUACAACAGCUGUGCGCCUGCCUGUCCUGUCACCUGCCAGCACCCUGAGCCACUGACCUGCCCUGUGCAGUGUGUGGAGGGCUGCCAUGCACACUGCCCUCCGGGGAAAAUCCUGGAUGAACUUCUGCAGACCUGCAUCGACCCCCAUGACUGCCCCGUGUGUGAGGUGGGUGGCCGGCGAUUGGCACCAGGAAAAAAAGUCACCUUGAACCCUGAUGAUCCUGUGAACUGCCAGACUUGUCACUGUGAUGGUGCCAAUCUUACCUGCAAUGCAUGCCAGAAACCUGGCGUCCUGGUGGUGCCCCCCACAGAGACCACAGUCAUUCCCACCACUCCUUAUGUGGAGGACACCCCAGAGCCACCCCUGCAUGACUUCUACUGCAGCAAGCUGCUGGAUCUGGUCUUCCUGCUGGAUGGCUCCUCCAAGCUGUCUGAGGCUGAGUUUGAAGUGCUCAAGGCCUUUGUGGUGAGCAUGAUGGAGCGGCUGCACAUCUCCCAGAAGCGGAUCCGUGUGGCUGUGGUGGAGUACCACGAUGGCUCCCAUGCCUACAUUGAGCUCAAGGCCCGAAAACGGCCGUCAGAGCUGCGGCGCAUCGCCAGCCAGGUGAAGUAUGCAGGCAGCCAGGUGGCCUCCACCAGCGAGGUCUUGAAGUACACCCUGUUCCAAAUCUUUGGCAAAAUUGACCGCCCUGAAGCCUCCCACAUCACUUUGCUCCUGACUGCCAGCCAGGAGCCCCCACGGUUGACCCGGAACUUAGUCCGCUAUGUCCAGGGCCUGAAGAAGAAGAAGGUCACCGUGAUCCCUGUGGGCAUCGGGCCUCACGCCAACCUCAAGCAGAUCCGCCUCAUCGAGAAACAGGCUCCUGAAAACAAGGCCUUUGUGCUCAGUGGAGUGGACGAGCUGGAACAGAGACGCGACGAAAUCAUUAGCUACCUCUGUGACCUUGCCCCGGAGGCCCCUCCCCCCACACAGCCCCCCAACCUGGCACAAAUCACAGCGGGUCCAGAGCUCCUGGGGACUUCAUCACCAGGACCCAAGAGGAACUCCAUGGUUCUGGACGUGGUGUUUGUCCUGGAGGGGUCAGACAAAGUUGGCGAGGCCAACUUCAACCGGAGCAAGAUGUUCCUGGAGGAGGUGAUUGAGCGCAUGGACGUGGGCCAGGAUGGCAUCCACGUCUCGGUACUGCAGUACUCCUACAUGGUAACCGUGGAGUACACCUUCAGCGAGUCCCAGUCCAAGGGCGAGGUGCUGCAGCACGUGCGGGAGAUCCGCUACCAGGGUGGUAACAGGACCAACACCGGACUGGCCCUACAAUACGUGUCUGAGCACAGCUUCUCUGCCAGCCAGGGGGACCGGGAGCAAGCGCCUAACCUGGUCUACAUGGUCACAGGAAACCCCGCCUCUGACGAGAUCAGGAGGUUGCCAGGAGACAUCCAGGUGGUGCCCAUUGGUGUGGGCUCUCAUGCUAACAUGCAGGAGCUGGAGAGGAUCGGAUUUCCCAAUGCCCCCAUCUUCAUCCAGGACUUUGAGAAGCUUCCCAGAGAGGCUCCAGACCUGGUGCUACAGAGAUGCUGCUCUGGACAGGGGCUGCAGCUUCCCACCCUCCCCCCUGCCCCCGACUGCAGCCAGCCCCUGGACGUGGUGCUCCUCUUGGAUGGCUCCUCUGGUUUUCCAGCUUCUUACUUUGAUGAGUUGAAGAGUUUCACCAAGGCUUUCAUUUCAAAGGCCAACAUAGGGCCUCACCUCACUCAGGUUUCUGUGCUCCAGUAUGGAAGCAUCACCACCAUCGACGUGCCGUGGAAUGUGGCCCAGGAGAAAGCCCAUUUACUGAGCCUCGUGGACCACAUGCAGCGGGAGGGUGGCCCCAGCCAAAUUGGGGAUGCUUUGGCCUUUGCUGUGCGAUAUGUCACAUCACAAGUUCAUGGCGCCAGGCCUGGAGCCUCCAAGGCAGUGGUCAUCCUGGUCAUGGAUGUCUCUGUGGACUCAGUGGAUGCAGCAGCUGAUGCUGCCAGAUCCAAUCGAGUGACAGUGUUCCCCAUUGGAAUUGGGGACCACUAUGAUGAGGCUCAGCUGAGGAUCUUGGCAGGCCCAGCGGCCAGCUCCAAUGUGGUGAAGCUCCAGCGAGUUGAAGACCUCCCCACCAUGGUCACGCUGGGCAAUUCCUUCCUCCACAAACUCUGUUCUGGGUUUGCUAGAAUUUGCAUGGAUGAGGAUGGGAAUGAAAAGAGGCCUGGGGAUGUCUGGACCUUGCCAGAUCAGUGCCACACAGUGACCUGCCUGCCAGAUGGUCAGACCUUGCUGGAGAGUCAUCGGGUGAACUGUGAUCGGGGUCCCAGGCCUUCCUGCCCCAACAGUCAGUCACCUAUUCGGGUGGAGGAGACCUGUGGCUGCCGCUGGACCUGUCCCUGUGUAUGCAUGGGCAGCUCCACUCGGCACAUUGUGACCUUUGAUGGGCAGAACUUCAAGCUGACUGGCAGCUGUUCCUAUGUCUUGUUUCAAAACAAGGAGCAGGAUCUGGAAGUGGUUCUCCAUAAUGGGGCCUGUAGCCCUGGGAUGAGGCAGACCUGCAUGAAAUCCAUUGAGGUGAAGCACAAUGGCCUCUCCAUUGAACUCCACAGCGACAUGGAGGUGGCAGUGAAUGGGAGAUUGGUCCCAGUCCCUUAUGUGGGUGCUAACCUGGAAGUCAGCAUCUACGGUGCCAUCAUGUACGAAGUCAGAUUCAACCAUCUUGGCCACAUCCUCACAUUCACUCCACAGAACAAUGAGUUCCAACUGCAGCUUAGCCCCAAGACUUUUGCUUCAAAGAUGUAUGGUCUCUGUGGGAUUUGUGAUGAGAACGGGGCCAAUGACUUCAUGCUAAAGGAUGGCACAGUCACCACAGACUGGAAAACGCUCAUCCAGGAAUGGACCGUGCAGCAGCCAGGGUCCACAUGCCAGCCCAUUCUUGAGGAGCAGUGUCCUGUCUCUGACAGCUCCCACUGCCAGAUCCUCCUCUCAGCACAGUUUGCUGAGUGCCACAAGGUCCUUGCCCCGGCUAUGUUUUAUGCCAUCUGCCAGCAGGACAGCUGCCACCAGGAGCAAGUAUGUGAGGUGAUUGCCUCUUAUGCCCACCUCUGUCGGACCAAUGGGGUCUGUGUUGAUUGGAGGACAGCUGAUUUCUGUGCUAUGUCGUGUCCACCAUCCCUGGUUUACAACCACUGUGAGCACAGCUGCCCCCGGCACUGUGAUGGCAACACAAGUUCCUGUGGGGACCAUCCCUCAGAAGGCUGCUUCUGUCCCCCACACCAGGUCAUGCUGGAAGGCAGCUGUGUCCCCCAGGAAGCCUGCACUCAGUGCGUUGGGGAGGAUAAGGUCCGGCACCAGUUCCUGGAGACCUGGGUCCCAGACCACCAGCCCUGUCACAUCUGCACUUGCCUCAGCGGGCGGAGGAUCAACUGCACAUCGCAGCCCUGUCCCACGGCCAGAGCCCCAACAUGUGGCCCAUGUGAAGUGGCUCGUCUGCGCCAGAAUACAAACCAAUGCUGCCCCGGAUAUGAGUGUGUGUGUGACCUGGUGAGCUGUGACCUGCCCCCCGUGCCUUCCUGUGAAGGAGGGCUCCAGCCAAUAUUGACCAACCCCGGCGAGUGCAGACCUACUUUCACCUGUGGCUGCAGGAAGGAGGAGUGCACAAGAGUGUCCCCGCCCUCCUGUCCCCCUCAUCGGACACCAACCCUGCGGAAGACCCAGUGCUGUGAUGAGUAUGAGUGUGCUUGCAGCUGUGUCAACUCCACAGUGAGCUGCCCCCUUGGGUACCUGGCCUCAACCACCACCAACGACUGUGGCUGCACCACAACCACCUGCCUCCCUGACAAGGUCUGUGUCCACCGAGGCACCAUCUACCCUGUGGGCCAGUUCUGGGAGGAAGGCUGUGAUGUGUGCACCUGCACUGACAUGGAGGAUGCUGUGAUGGGCCUGCGUGUGGCUCAGUGCUCUCAGAAGCCCUGUGAAGAUAGCUGCCAGCCGGGCUUCUCCUACGUUCUCCAUGAAGGUGAAUGCUGUGGAAGGUGCCUGCAAUCUGCCUGUGAGGUGACAACUGGCUCACAGCGGGGAGACUCCCAAUCUUACUGGAAGAGUGUUGGCUCUAGCUGGGCCUCUCUGGAGGACCCCUGCCUCAUCAAUGAGUGUGUCCGAGUGAAGGAGGAGGUCUUUGUGCAGCAGAGGAAUGUCUCCUGCCCUCAGCUGGCUGUCCCUAUCUGCCCCACAGGCUUCCAGUUGAGCUGCAAGACCUCAUCAUGUUGCUUCAGCUGUCACUGUGAGCCCAUGGAGGCCUGCAUGCUCAAUGGCACCAUCAUUGGGCCUGGGAAGACUGUGAUGGUAGAUGUGUGCACAACUUGCCACUGCACCAUGCAAGUGGGGGCCAUCUCUGGAUUCAAGCUGGAGUGCAGGAAGACCACCUGUGAGACCUGUCCCCUGGGUUACCAGGAAAAGAAGAACCCAGGUGAAUGCUGUGGGAGGUGUUUGCCCAUGGCCUGCACUAUUCAGCUAAGAGGAGGACAGGUCAUGACGCUGAAGCGUGAUGAGACACUCCAGGAUGGCUGUGAUAGUCACUUCUGCAAAGUCAACGAGAGAGGAGAGUACAUCUGGGAGAAGAGGGUCACAGGCUGCCCACCCUUUGAUGAGCACAGAUGUCUGGCUGAUGGAGGGAAAAUCAUGAAAAUUCCAGGCACCUGUUGUGACACAUGUGAGGAGCCUGACUGCAAAGACAUCAUUGCCAGACUGCAGUAUGUCAAAGUGGGAGACUGUAAGUCCCAAGAGGAAGUGAACAUUCAUUACUGUCAGGGCAAAUGUGACAGCAAAGCCGUGUACUCCAUUGACACAGAAGACGUGCAGGACCAGUGCUCCUGCUGCUCGCCCACGCGGACAGAGCCCAUGCUGGUGCCUCUGCACUGCAUCAACGGCUCCGUAGUGUACCACGAGAUCCUCAACGCCAUGCAGUGCAGGUGCUCCCCCCGGAAGUGCAGCAAGUGAGGCUUGCUGCAACUGCUGUGGAACCCAUUGCUGCCUGCCUCAGCCUCACUGGCCCAAGUACUGCUCGGCCCUCUGUGCAUCCUGCUGUCUUGCCCUCUGGGGCCCACAAUAAAGGCCAAGCUCUCA